AUGCCGCGACGAUUGACGUAUCGGCGUCGUUUGUGUUACAAUACCGCAUCGAAUAAAACAAAGGUUUCCAAGACUCCUGGCGGUCGAUUGGUGUUCCUGUACAGAAAGAAGUCUGGCUCGGUUGCACGAUGUGGCGAUACCGGCGUAAAACUGAAAGGGGUGAAGCCAGCUCGACCACGCCAGUUGCGGAAGCUGACCAAACGCUUGAAACAUGUGACACGUGCAUACGGUGGUUGUUUGUCAGCGGGAGCAGUACGUGAACGCAUCAUUCGUGCAUUUCUGAUCGAAGAACAGAAAAUCGUUGCGCGUGUACUGAAAGCUAAAAGUAAAGCUGAAAAGAAGUGA